GCAACUAUGGCUUCUCUAUCCUCUUUCACCAUAUUCAACCCUUUCUGAUCGGAAUUCAUCUCGUCAAAUCCACCCCAAAAUUUUUCUUUGAUUCAAUUAAACCGAAAUUCACCCUACGCAAUCAAUCAAUCAAUCUAAGGAUAAUCGCACCUCCAUCUCUAAUUUCUACUGUUGUGGGACUCAUUUGGUGAUUUUGGAUUGCUUGGAUCCACAAAUAUGCAAUAGCUCUUUACUUGAAGCCUUAUUACUCCGACAAUUUUAGGAUACACUACUUUUCUGAAUAGUUGUUAUGAAAAGUGCAUGAAGGCUUGCCAUCCGAUUUGCUAUAAAGUCAACUAAAGAUAUUGUUUUGUGUCAUUUGCUAAUUCAGAACGUUAUAAGAUUCAGACCCUGUGUUUUAAGGAUCUGAAGCUGCCAGUAAAAGAGAAAUCUCAGUGCCUUUUAGCGGUGAGUAAAACUAAUAUGGCCGAUGUGUACAGGAAUGUGUUAUUACCUUCAUAACAUUUCAUGUUACAUGAUGGGAUUACAUGACAUUCUGUGUCAUAUAAAUAUCUGCAAACUUCUGUAUCAGCUGAAGCUGUGUGGUCAUUUAAAAUAAGCACAGUGCUCCUUGUUUGUAUUUACCCAGUCCUUCGCCUUUUCAGAUUGUAAGGGAUGGUGAGUGGUAAUUAUUUUGUGGUAAGUAGUUGCCUGUUUUGGUUUAUUACCACCUACGAGGAUUCUUUUGGUGAUUUGGUGGCCUGAAAUAUAGUGGUGCAUUUCUAAUGACAGAUCAAUAAGAAUCAUGCCUUGCAAACUUGUGGCAUGUUGGUGUAUAUCGUACCUGUUCUUAGGGGUCAGUGUAGUAAUAAAUCUGAUAUAUAUUCUAAAUCAGGUCUCAUUUUACUGCUGCUAAGUUGUGUGAAUAGUGACCAAUAAUGCUUGAAUUUGUAAUAUUACUUGAGUCGCAACUCACAAGUUGCAGCAUGUAUUGGAACUCGUCUAAUCAACCUAAUAAACUUGUUCUUGUUUUGUUCCUUUUCCCUCAUUACUGUUAAAUUGAGGCGCUCUAUUGAAAUGAAGAUUUAAGUUUUCAGAAAUCUACAUAGUUCAAUUCAAGAGGUCCCUUUUGGUAAGAUGUAUCAAAUUGUUUAGGCUGUCUCUUUAUUCUUUUUGUGGAUUUGGUGAUGACGUGUAGAAUAGAUAAAGUAUGCUCUUAUGACAAUGAAGUUGGUUGUUUGAAGGUUAUAUGAUAGCAUGGGGUAUUGGGGUUUGGUGUUUAUUUGUUUAUGACCUGGUGAAUUGAUAAGAGAUGUACCCUCCGUCCCUUAAAAAUAGAAACUUUUGAAACGACACGAGUUUUAAUGUAAAAUUGGAAAGUAAGGGAGAGAUAGAAAGGAAAGUGUGUUAGUGGAAAAUGGGUCAUACCUCUUUAGAGAAAAAAGAAAUUUCCUUAAGUAAAGUUUUUUUAUUUUCGGGACGGACCAAAUAGGAAAGGGUUUUUAUUUUUAAGGAUUGGAGGGAGUAUUAGUUUUACUUGAACUGAGCAUGUUUGGAAUUGUUCAUUCCUAACUGUUCCUCGAUUAAAACAUCCACUUAUUUUGUGAAAAUAUAAUUAUUUGCAUUAGUGCUUCCACUUCGUAAAGUUGUCUGCAGUAUGUUAUCCUUUAUUGCUAUGGAUUAAAAGUUUUAUGCUAAUGCAUUCAAUAUUAGUAAUAUAUCGCAGUGCACAUAAAAUGGCUAGUAGGAAAAGAAGCAUAUCAAAUGACUCAGAUGUGUCUCAUCUGUACAAGGAAUUGGAUGAAGCCUUAUGUCCCAUAUGCAUGGACCACCCCCACAAUGCUGUUCUUCUCAUUUGCAGCUCCCAUGAUAAGAGUUGUCGCUCGUACAUAUGUGAUACUAGCUAUAGGCAUUCAAAUUGUUUGGAUCGUUAUAAACAACUGAAAGAGGGAAAUGUAGACAACUUAUCUGCAACUAGUUUGGUACCUGAAAGUAAUCAUGAUUCUGUUUUGAGUGGGAAUUUGGACUUGACAGUGACGACAAAUCAUGCAAAUGACACCCAGACAGAAACUAGCUCUAUGGGACACACGGGCAUUCCUCAGGGAGAUUCGGGUGGUCACAAUAUCCACAAUGCUAAUCGUAGUUAUGGCGAACAAGGAGGAGGAAGUUCGGAAAACCUUGAUAAUGGGGAACCCAACAUGGAGAAUUCUGAAGAAGUGUCGAAUCUGAGAUGCCCUCUAUGUCGUGGGAAGGUUUUGGGUUGGAAAGUUAUUGAGGAGACUAGAAAGUACCUCAACCUAAAGACUCGAAGUUGCUCUCAUGAAUCAUGUUCGUUCUCUGGUAGUUACAGAGAGCUGCGUAGGCAUGCAAGAAGAGUUCAUCCAACAGUGCGCCCGGCUGAUGUCGACCCAUCUAGACAAAGAGCUUGGCAUCGCCUUGAAGGUCAGAGGGAAUACAAUGAUAUCGUUAGUGCAAUUCGUUCUGCCAUGCCAGGUGCUGUUGUCUUUGGUGACUAUGUGAUUGAUGGUGGAGAUAGGCUUUCUGGUGAAAGUGACAGAAAUGGAGGUGCUGGUGAGGGUAGCCGGCUGUUAAGCACCUUAUUCUUGUUUCAAAUGUUUGGUUCGCUGGAACCUGGAGCUGAGCCAAGGGGUGGCCGGUCAAGACAGUUUGCAAGACAUCGCCGAGCUACUGGAAACUAUCCCAGGCGUCGCUAUCUCUGGGGUGAAAGUCUGUUGGGCCAUCAACAUAAUGAGGAUGAAGACGAUGAGGAUCGUGAUACAGACCUUAAUAUACUGACCGAUCUUAAUGAUAAUGCUUCUCCAAAUCCUCGACGACGUCGGCGUCUGACACGCACAACACGUGCCGAGCUGGAUGGAGGUCAACAAUAGGGAAGCAGGGUCUGACCUGAUUCACGACCAAAAUGUGCUGGAUCCACCUCAGAAUAAUCAACGUGUCGAUUGCGUUAUCUCUGGGCUUGUUUGUAUAUAACUGUGAUUUUCCCACAUGAUUUGAAAAGAAUAAUCAAGAUCAUCCUUCAUUCUUUUCAGCUUGCUGAGAGAAUGUGUGAUCUCUCUCUAUCCUUUUAUCUUACACUGGAUUGGUAUUAUGACCUUUCAGCAAGCAUUUGUGUCAUCUGAAAUGUCAAUUCUCUCUUCCUUUUAUCAUACUACUAAAUUUGUUUUGCUUA